AUGAAUCCAGGCAUCAAAUGCCACGCUUUCUACCCUGCCAUUCUACAAUUCAAAAAGGCCUCUGGUGCUAAGAAAACCCAAUCGUUCGGUACCCGUUUCAUGUUCAAAAUUGUAUCCCAGUUCCUAGAGUCAGGUGGCCAUGGAUUCACCCGGGCCACCAACUUCUCGCAGGCCACAAGGGGCCACUACCUCGGCCUUUUCAACCAGGGGAACAGUAGAAACCCAGCCAAUCAUGUAUUUGUUGUCGAAUUCAACACCGUUCAACAGGUAAAUUUGAAUGAUACAAAUGGAAACCAUAUGUGCAACGAAGUGAAUGGUGCAAACUCCAGUUUCUUGAAGUAUGCCACUUACUAUGCAGAGUUUGGCAAGAAAGUUCUUGACAGCCAAACCACCAUUCAGGCAUGGAUAGAGUAUGAUGGAAUUAGUGGCCCUGUUAUUCUCAUCAUCAUGGUUGGCAUAUCUUAUUUGACCAAGAGGAAGAGGAAGCUCAUGUUUGAGAAGAUAUAA